CAUUCAGUCAUAUUUCCCCCCUCAAGACACAGGGUGAAUGAAACAGAAUGGAAGUGGCCAUAGCAGUCCAUCGACCGUCGUUUUUUGGAGAAUUAGGGUUUUGGGCGGUGCGAACAGUGGUGCACGAGGCCGCCGCCCUGGGUCACGCCCUGCUGCUGCAGCAACUGAUUGAGAGCGGCGCUCCCGUCAACAUCGUCAACUUGGACAACAUCACACCCCUGCACGAUGCCUGCAUUCAGGGCCAGGCCCAGUGCGUCAGACUGCUGCUGGACGCUGGCGCACAGGUGGACAUUAGAACUGUCCAUGGGAGCACCCCGCUCUGUAAUGCCUGUGCUGCGGGGAGCCCGGAGUGUGCUAAACUCCUGCUGGAGCACGGAGCCACAGCCAACCCCACCCUCACCGCCCUCACAGCCACGCCCCUGCACGAGGCCUGCAUACGAGGUAAUGUAGACUGUGUGAAGCUCAUGAUCGCAGAGGGAGCCCAGCUGGAAGCAUUCGACAUCUACUUCGGAACCCCGCUGCAUGCGGCAUGCAUCAAAGAACACGUCGAAUGUGCCAAGGCACUGCUGAUCGCAGGCGCCAAUGUGAAUGCUGCCAAGUUCCAUGAGACGGCGCUCCACUAUGCGGCCAAAGUGAGGAACGUGGAUCUGAUCGAGCUGCUGGUGGAGUUCGGGGGGAACGUGUACGCCAGAGACAACCUCGGCAGGAAGCCCAUCGACUGCACCAGGCCCGGCUCCCUUCCCGCUCUCUGCCUGCAGUUUUACGAAUCAACGCCCCUGAGUUUGCAGCACCUGAGCAGGGUCACUCUGAGGGCGGCGCUGGGUACCAGAGCGCAGGAGGUCGUGUCCAAACUCAGCCUGCCGAACCGGAUCAUCCGCUACCUCUGCUACUGCUGAGAAACUCAGCAUACCUGCUGGUGCCUCAACUACCUCUAGGACAACAGACUCCCCGACCCCCCAGGGGGCCGGAUGUCUUUGGAGCGGAUU